CAUUGCUUUAGGUGUUUUCGCAUCAAAACAAUGAUUAAGGAAUUAGAAGAAAAGGAGAUUAUGAUUAAUCUUCUGUUUCCAUGGAAAUUCAUCUAUUUGAAGAUUUUCUUUUCAUUCGAAACUUUUUUCUUAGUUUAUUUCUGUUCAUCGACUUCAAAGAUCUACAAUUGAAAGAUGAAAAUGUCACAAAUACUCUAUACUUUUUCGAUUUUAAUCAUUACCCUCGUAAUUACCGAAUGUUUUUCGGUUGAUAAUCAUCCAGCUCCUUUCGUGUACCUAAAAUCAUCAAGCCAAACUUCUGAAAACUGGCAACCACAACCAUCUCAGGUACAGCCAUCAGAGCCUCCUCGCUAUUCAGAUACAGGGAAUCAACAACUUUAUCCUCAGCAAUAUCCUCAAUAUCCUUAUCCAACUCAGCAUACACAAUAUAACACCAACAACUACAACCUCGUAGCACCAGUAUUCAAUCAUCCUCAAGCCUUGCAACCACCUCAACAGUUACAACCACCGAUCAACAAUCACCCAGGAGUAAACAAUGAUCAUCGUAGCAAUGGUCAAUCAAACGUACAGCCAUCGACCCAUUAUCACAAUUAUUCCAACAAUAUCACAAUAAUUAACAACUAUCGUGGCCAUAGAAACCUGACAUAUUAUAAAGGUGCUUUGACUCGUUACUUCAGGAAAGUGAGAAAGUUUUUCGUUGAUAGAAAACAUUAUUUCAACCAUGAAAACUUAAAAACUUUUACGGAUAAAGUUCUCAUUCCAGUGCUAAUCGCUGUUCUUGACCACCACAGUCACCAUUCAAAUCACGGUAUUCAUUUCCAUCAUCAUCAUCAUUGGCGUCGUCGUCGUUAUCUAGUGAAGAACAUACAAUCUGAUCAUCUUGGAAUCACUCAUGAAACUGCAAAUCCAUAACUCCAAUGGAGAUCUAACGUUGAUCACUUCGCCAUGGAAUAGAUUAAAGAAAAUGUUUACUAUGUUACCAAAGAUGUUAAAUUGAAAUAAAGACUAAAC